UCUCUUACUCAAGUGGUCGGGUUUUUAAUGAUUGAUAUUGCAUAUGAUUAAAGUAAUUCAUGUGGUUGGCCAACUUUAAGGCUUUAAUAAUGUCAAAUAUAAGAGUAGGUGGCCAAAAACAGGUCAACCGUGACCUAUGGGCUUUGCAUCUCUACACAGUUGGUUUUCGUUGAUCAUUAUAGUAAUAGAUAUCCAACUAAUGACAAAUCUCUUCAUGAAACUCAGACCUCGUUUCUCAAAGGUUUCUAUACAUAUAUUUACGAUUCAAAUUUAUGAUGUCCUUUCCAUUUGAUAUAUAACAUUAUAUAAGUUUUUUUCCGUCUAAUGGAGCAAGUACAUUCUAUAAGUUGUUGGGUAAAAUCUUUGGACAUACGCAUCUCUAAUCACGAAUAAAAAAUAAGGCAUAAAAUGUCUAAAUUUAUAAAAAUAUAAGAGGGGCUUUAAACGGUACUAUCAGAAUCGGCCUGAAUCACGCGAUUCGAAUGGAAUUGAUGGCAACUGAAUUUGCUUCUGAAGCCAGUUCAACAGUGCCACUCCACAGCCUUGAAUUUCUUUUUUUUUAAUAUAUGUUCAACAUUUCUUAUUUUUAUUAUUUUUGUAAAUAAAUGUGUUUGUUCUAAAAAUAUUCUAUGACAUUAUGGCAGAUUUACAACUGACUCAGCUGAAUAGGUGUCGAACACUGGUUUUAGAAAAAAUGGUUUUUCAUUGGGUGGACAUAACUUCAUGCAUAUAGAUGAAGACAUUAUGAUUCAUGGCAUGGGGACAGCUUAGAACUUUUGACUGAAAAUAGCUGAUUAUCAUCUUAAAAAUGGUAGUUAUUCGUUCUUUAAGUAUUACCCGGGUAAGUUGAAGAAGAAGAAACCUACCUACUGCUUCCUUCUGAAAUCAGAAUCAGCCAUUCAACUCGCCUGGUGUGAGUAGGCAACGGGCUCGACGUCCAUUGACGUCACUCUUCUCAUGUCGAAGACAUUGAACCACAUUGCCUUUUCCAGUGGGAUCUUCUCUCAUGCCAAGCUCAGACAUGGCUCUGUCACCACCAAACGCCCUUCUGUGUGCUUCUCUUCCUCUUCCUCUUCUUUUGGUUGUUCUUCUGCUUCAUCUCUCCAAGUUUCAUGCUUUGACUACCAACAGUUUCAUCUACGACAAUGGCUUUCGUCCAGUCAAUCUGACCUUAACAGGUGAAUCUGUGAUCACUUCGUCUGGCGCUCUGCAAUUGACCAAUCGUCGCGGUCUAUGGAGCAUGGGCCAUGCGUUCUACCACGAUCCUCUGCAAUUCAAGGAUCCUUCAGAUGCUUCGAACACCACUGCAUCUUUUAGCACUCAAUUCAUCUUCGCCAUCGUCUCUGGAAUUGAAACGCUUAGAGGCAGUGGUUUCACGUUUGCUGUCGCCCCUUCAAUGCUGCCCAACACAACUGGUGGAGACUAUGUAGGCCUUGUGAGAAACUCCAGCAAUGGCAACUUCUCAAAUCAUGUAUUUGCAGUGGAAUUCGACACGGUUUUGGGGACAUGGUCGAGGGACAUUAGCGACAACCAUGUGGGCGUCGACAUCAAUGGAGUAAUAUCCGACACCUCCCAAACUGCUGCUUAUUUGACAGACGAUGGUGAGAAUGAAACGAUUGAUCUGAAGUCGGGGAAGAUGAUCCAAGCAUGGGUAGACUACAAUGCAAAUGAAAAGUUGCUUAACUUAACCCUAGCUCCGAUCCCAUUUGCCUCCAAGCCAAUCAGGCCUCUUAUAUCAUACUUUGUUGAUCUAUACCCUGUUCUUCUUGACGUCAUGUACGUUGGUUUCACUUCCGGCACCUCGAACUCUGCGAGCGGUCACUACAUUUUGGCAUGGAGCUUCACAAUCAAUGGAAAAUCCCAGGAUCUGGACCUCUCAAACCUCCCCAAGAUCUCCAAGAAAGAAGUACCAAUAUGGAAGUCUGCUAGUUUCCUGCCUUAUACUACUGCCUUCACAGCACUGUUUUUCAUUAUGCUUGUUGAACGUUACUUCCUGUAACAGUCGAAGAAGAUCGCCCAAAAUCAAGGAAUCAGAGAUUGCCCAAAAUCAAGGAAUCAGAGAUCGCCCAAAUCAAGAGGAUGAGUUGUUAGACGUUGAAGAUUGAGAAAUCACAACGAAUUAGGAAUGAUGAUCUUGUACGAGCAGAAAUCAGGGAUAUGAUCGUUUCUUAAUUCUUAUCUAAUUGCCUCUAUAUAUACCUUGUAAAUGAUUCAUAGAAAGACAAUGAGAAAUACCAUUUCUUGCUCCUCACCAUCGUUCCUAUUCCUCUUAUUUUAACAUGG